UAGAAUAAAAAGUGAAAGAGGUGGGAGAAAAACUGCUGGGCUGGUAGAAAAAGUUAAAUGACCAUUUCUGAAAGGACAUCCCAGCUCAUAGUCAUCCUCCCGUCGACAACACGUGCUCUAUGUACUCGGUUGACCCGGUGCACAAGGUGUUGCACAAAGAAAAUCUAACAACAGCAACUAAGCUCCAAUCACUGACUGCUGUGGAAGAGGACAAUCAUCAGAGAGAAUCUCUGGAGAGGCAUAUUAGCCAACCUCACCUGGCUGCAAGCAUAUUCCUCACUUCAGCUGGAAAAGCAGGUCGACAUGGCUGCCCACCGAAAGCUUUUCAGUGUUUUGUGCCUGGUAACACUAGCCAUCAGCCAGGACAUGCCUUAUGAGGACCUCCUUGCCCAGAUCCAAGCCUGCCCGAAGGAGUGCAACUGCCCUCAAAACUUCCCUCGAGCAGUUUAUUGUGACAGCAAAGGGCUGAAGAGUAUCCCUAAUAUUCCCCCUUAUACGUGGUAUCUCUAUCUGCAAAACAAUCUGAUUGAAACAGUGCCAUCAGAUGCACUCCAGAAUGCAACACAGCUGCGCUGGGUGAACCUAAACCGCAACAAAAUUACGAGUGACGGAGUAGGAGAAGGUGUCCUAGGUGGAAUGGAACAUCUGGCUCACCUGUAUAUGGAUGACAACCUCCUGUCCACUGUGCCAUCUCCACUGCCAGUCAGCCUUGAGCAUCUGCGCCUCUCUCGCAAUCGCAUCUCCAAGAUUCCUGCCGGCACAUUUGUUGGUCUGGAUAAGCUAAACUUGCUGGAUCUCCAGGGGAACAAGCUGAUGGAUGAUGCUGUCACUGAAGUGAGCCUAAAAGGUCUUACCAACCUGGUUCAGAUCAAUCUAGCCAAGAAUCAGCUGAGAAGCAUGCCCCUUGGACUGCCACCCAGCACCACCCAGCUUUUCCUUGAUGGUAACAACAUUGAAAAGAUUCCUGCUGACUACUUCAAAGGUUUGCCCAAAGUGGCAUUUCUGAGGCUCAACUACAACAAGCUUGGCAGCGGUGGUGUUCCGAAAGAUAUUUUUAAUAUCUCCAGCAUCUUGGACCUGCAGCUGUCUCACAAUCAACUGACAGAGGUUCCAGUUAUUCCCUCAGGCCUUGAACACCUAUACCUUGACCACAACAAGAUUGCUAGUGUGAAUGGCUCCAGCGUGUGUCCCAUUUCGGUUGAUCCUCUGGAUGACUCAGUAAAUGAAAGCGUGCCAAGACUACGUUACCUCCGACUGGAUGGCAAUAAGAUCAGUCCACCGAUUCCCAGGGAUGUCGUCAUGUGCUUUCGUCUCCUUAGGUCUAUUGUUAUCUAAUCAGAAAAUAAACAAUAUGUCGUAAGCUAUUUCAAUUUCCUUAUGACUAUUAAAAUGAUGUUGAUGCUGUUCCAGUAGAUGAAACUUGCAAAGUCAUACACUAACAUUGGGUUUUCCAUUGUUGGAAAGUCUCCACAGUGGAAUAGGAAAAAAAAUCCAAAGGAAACACUGAUGGAUAGAUGUUAUUGAUAUGAUAUUUGCUGACCACUAGUUGUGCCUUACGUCAGUGAAAACACCAGCGUGUAAACCUCAUGUGUGAAAUAUGUGUGUUAAUGGGAUUUGGUGAAAUUUUGGAUUGAAUUUAAAAAAUUGUAAAAUUUCCAAGUUGUUUUUUUCUUUGACCACUUUAUAUUUGUAGGCAGAAGAUAAAUGAACAGGUGUGUGUUAUAGGUUUGUGGUUUUUUUGCUUAUAAUAAGAAAACCUCUCUUUUUAAAUAUGCAUAUAUGCUGUUGGUAAUUUAUUUUUAUUUAAUAUUGGGUAAAAAUAAGUAGAAUCCUUUGCAUCUCAAUGGCCAACAUUGCUCAUUGUUUUGUGCACAAAAAAAAUGUGAAUAUUUGCCAACUUAUUUUUUUAAAUUCUGGUUGUUAUAUUUCUACAUACACUGAGCAUGGGAUUUAAUUAUAAAUUCUCUUCAAUACAAAUAAAAUUUAUCAGAAUGAA